ACUUGCUCAUCAAUCCCUCAUCUAACCCAAACCACAACCCACAAGUAACCCGCACAAGAAGGACAAAAUAGAAAAUGUCCGCCCAACCCCGCAAAGCAUCCGGCCAAUACCACCUAACGGGAGCCGACAUCGUGGAAUCGAUCGACGAUCUAGGCUCCACGGGCCAAUGGGAGGAUCUGAACCGUCGGGCGCAUCAAGCGAGUGAGCAGUCGGCAGCAUCGUCGGCGCAGAAACAGUCAGGGUCGCAGCAUCGCGCCCCGGAUCGGAAUCAGUCGUUUAGGCCGUAUCAGCCGAAUAAGGGUGCGGCGGAGGAGGAGGAGGAUUUGUUGCCGGAUGAGUAGUUGGUGUUAUUUUGAUGUUUAGGGGGGUUUAGUGGGGUGAGUUUGGAUGGUUAUUGUAAAGUUGGUUGUGGUGAAUGGCGAUGGUUUUGUUAAUUGUGGUGGUCAUGAUAAUGGUACAAACGAAUAAUAUAUUUCCGCUACCCGUGGGUAGGAUAUGGAUGAAAUG